AUCUCAGAUGACAGAUUUUGGGAAACACUUUCUUAUUGGAUCGACCUGUUAUCUUCCUGUUUUAACUGUAACUGUUUGGUAAUUUUCAUAACAUUUUUUGAUAUUAUUUUAUAUAUAUUAAGAUAUAGAGGCUGUAUCGUGUUUCGGAAUAAUAAAAGCGGUAUCUCACUACAGUCAGACAUUGAGACUUGUCUUCAAUGUGACCUUUGUGCGCUAACAUGUAUUUUAUCAUCAAUUGCGAAUAAAAAAGCCAUGACGAAAUGUAAAUACGUUAUCUCGUUACUUGACGUGAUUUCCACAUUAAUUGCCGUGUUUCGUUUUUAAAAACGAAUGAGCAAGUGAAAAAAACUGACACUCAACUUUCACAAAAUAAAAUUAAACCAUGUAUGAACGCUCCGACAAUGACCGAUAUUUGCGGUACCUGCUGCUACUAGGUGAGGGUGGGGCGCUAGUACUGCGGGGAAUCGUGAUUAGAGAGGUCUCAAAAAGACGCCAAAUCUUAGAUGCUAUUCUUUCAAACAGUAGAACACUUCUUACUGGUAAAAUAAAAAACCAGCAUGACUAUAGACGAAUUUAUCCGAAUACCUCCUCGGUAAAUGCCGACAUCUCCACGUGGGACAUCAAACUCCUUGCCAUAGUGAUAAAAGAGUUGUUUGGAAACACGUUAGAACAGGAACAGUUUAACUGGAUAAAUCAGAUCUUGUCAACAAGAGUAGAUAUUUCAGAACAAGAUCCAAGACAAAUGUCUCUAUGUGAGGACGAAUAUCGUGAAAAAAGGCUCCGUCUCUCACUUACGCUGUUAAACCUGGCCGCACAGACAGAAUUCAAUACACAUUAUUUGUGUUUAGAGGUGAUAUCAAAAUCCGGAGCGGCGUCAUACAGUACGGAGACGUUGCUACAGAAAUUGUCCGAACUUCACGAGUUUCCAAGUGAUAUGAUAGAGAAUUUACACCGAGAAGUUGAGGUGGUGUCUAAAGAGGAAGAUGACUUUAAUCACAAUCAUAGCAAUAUCAGAGAAAGAUCAUGCAGCAUAUCAUAUCGUAAACUCGGAGAAACAUUGACAGAUUUACACACGCAAAGUUGGUAUUUUGGACCCUUGACAAGGAAUGAGACCAUGGAAAUAUUCAAAAAUGUAGAAACGGAUGGCGUGUUUCUUGUCCGGGAUUGUUUGUCAAGUACUGGAAGCUACGUUCUUUGUGUUCAAGAGGGUGGGGCAUUAAGCAGAUAUCUUAUUCGACGAGUAGAGGAGGAUGGUGGUAUAAAAUACCACAUAGGAGAGAGAGAUACGGCAUUUAACGAUGUACCAAGCAUAAUAGAAUAUUACUCAUCACAUUUCCUGAACAAAACACCUCUCAUGGACCCGGCUCCAAGGCUGAAAGUGGUAACUACGUCAGACUUUCCCGGCAGUAACCAGAACGAUUUACCGUUUAUAAAAGGUGAAAUUCUAGAAAUAAUAUCAAAAGGAGAGGAGAGAUGGUGGUAUGCUAAAAAUGCCGAGGGGAGAAUAGGCAUUGUGCCUGUUCCUUUUAUUACACCUUUAAAAGAAAAUAAAACUACCAAGGAAGAACGGAGAGCGGGAGUAGCACAAAAACCACAGAAAGAUAUGCACAGGGACGAGUCGCCACCACCGUCAGUGCCGAAGCGGUUACCAUCAAAAGCAGUUGUAACAAAAGCCAGGAUUUCCAAUCCAUAUGACAAAUCGCAACUGACUCUUCAUGAAGGUGAUAUAGUGGUUGUAACAAAGAUGUUUGCAAAUGGACAGUGGCAUGGUGAAUGUAAGGGCAAGGAGGGAUUGUUUCCAAACAGAUAUGUGAAAUUUCUUGACGAAAUGUGAACAUUAUUUUCAUAUACA